CUAAACGACUAAACCCCAGCACUUUGGCACUUUGCUCGGGUUUAACAUUACUCUAAUAUUCUCCCUCUCAGCCUCUCUCUUACGCCCUCUGCCCCCGUUGCACAACGCUUUCCCAGUUCCCGCUCAAUCUUCAGUCAGUCAUUUCGUCGAACACCUAAACAACAACAUCAAAGGACCUGAUUACUCAUGAAAGCCACCAAAUCCCAAGCCUUAGCGUUAGCUCAAAAAUGCAAGAAUAUUUUGGCGUCAAAUUGGCAUGGCAAUCUUAAUACCAUUAAAGCUGAUUCUAAAGGAAGCAAGCAGGAAAUAUAUACUUCAAAAGUGAAGUAUUUACUGAGGAAGGGGAAGCCUUAUAUUUGGGUUCCUGAAAAGGACUUGCAUAAUGUGAAUACUCUCAUUGACGAACGUGCUUCCUUUGCGGUGCCCAGGCCUUACCCUGGGCCACUUGCAAAUUUACUUAGAUCAAUGAAAAAGCUUCCUGUUCGAAUUGCUUUAACUGGUGAAGUUGUUCCUUUAGGAGAUGAGAAGGUUAGGUCUGCUACCGAAAGUGUCCGGAAAAUGGUAAUGUCCGAACAAAAGGAAAUAAUUGAGUCAAGUUAUGCAGUUUCUGGUAUAUUGAGUUCCUCAACUUUUGGCAACACAUCUCGAAGUGAAAACCUUGUAGAGCUUCUGGACAAUGAUGAAAAUUAUGCAGUGUACAAGUUCAAUGUCAGCUCUUGCAUGUUCAUUGAUGGCAAUGGUGGCAAUCAUGAAGUGGAUCCAGAUGAUUUUGGAACAGCAAAGCCUGACAAGUUAUCUCCUUUUGCUGCAAAGCUAAUUGAUGGCAUCAAUCAGAGUGAGAUAAGGCGUAGAGCACUUGUUGUUUUUUGUUUUGCCUUCUUAAACGAGAAUGCAAAGGAUGCCUACAUUCUGUCAGUUGAUAAAAAAGGCUUCGAUAUGUUGGCUAAAGUUCUUAGUGGUGGCAGUGAAUACCAAUGGAAAGAAUUCAGGAUCACGUUUGAAGAAGAGGCAGAUGAUGUUGAAUCUUUUUGCAGUAAACUAGUUCAAAUGGAAGAGGCUGCCCUUGAUAAAGUGAAGAGCUGCAGUGGUUUAGGGUAAAAUUUUCUUAUAUUGCUAUUCUGAUGUCUGAUACAUGAGGACAAUUAAAAUGUAAACUGGGUUUCUGGGGGACUAAUAGGGGGAUAAGGGGUUUGGUGAGGCUGUGACAUGCGGCUUAUAAUGCAUAUUAUCAGGGUAUUUUGAUAACCCGGGAGGAUAUAUGGAGGCUAUUUGCUUAUACCUGUCAUAAAUUAGGAUUAUCUACUGUUUCAUUCAUCUUUUACAUGCAUUGUAUGCCUGUUUGUAUAUGGUUAUGUGAGAAACGGUUGGUGAUAAUGAUAUCUUUUGUAAUGUCUUGUUCUACUUAUACGGUUAUCACGGAAGAACAAGUGCUAGUAUUUAGUUGACAUUAUUCUGGUACUGAGCUUUUUUUUUU